CAUACGUGAACUCAGCUCUACUGAGAGAUGUAAACUAGCUGAGACUGGACAGCAUAAGACCUCUGGACUACAGUGUACCCUGUCAGUAAGAGAGAGUCAACAGGAAACCUGUAUAUAAGUCUGAACAGACAAAUUAGAGAAAAUGGUGGGAAAACUACUGCUGAUAUUGCUGAUUUCUCUUGUGAUACUGGAUGCAUGGGUCCAAGCCAAAGGAAAAAAAUCCCAGACAACAAAAAGAAACCACACCAUGACCUUAAUUCCAAAAACAUUCCGGGGACAGAAAAUCAUUUCCAUUCCGGAGAUCGAGUGGAGCACAGAAUCCCCGUCCUCUUCCUCGUCCUCUCCCUCGCUGUCUCCGCAGCUGGCCCUGCAUGAGAACAGCACGGCCGAGUAUCUGACGGGCGUCCUGAGCACUCGUGUCAUCCCUGCGGCAUACGCGGUCACCAUCCUAAUAGGGAUACCCUCCAAUGCCGCCAUCCUGGGCACGCUCGGCGCCCAAACCAAGACCUUCUCCGCCGCCAUCCUCUACUUCAGCCUGGCCGUGUCGGAUCUCCUCUUCCUGCUCACCCUGAUCGCCAAGGUGCUCUACCACCUCAACGGCAACGACUGGGUGUUCGGCGAGGCCCUCUGCAAGGUGGUGACGGCCUGCUUCUACGGCAACGUCUACUGCUCUGUCCACACGCUCACGUGCCUCAGCGUCAAGCGCUACCUGGCCAUCGUCCACCCCUUCACUUACAAGGGCCUACCCAAGCGCUCUUGCGCCAUAUGGAGCGUUCUGACGGUGUGGGCCGUGUUCUUCGCCGGCAUGGUGCCGGAGUUUCUCGUCCGUCAGAGCUACCACCUCCCGCAGCUAGGGAUCACCACCUGCCACGACGUCCUCCCGCUAAGCGACCGGUCCUACUCCUUCCUGCCCUACUACAAGCUAUGCCUGACGUUCGCCGGGUUCUUCCUACCAUUCUUGGUCACCGUCAUUUCCUACAUGUCUAUAAUCCACCAGCUGAACAAGUCGCACCACGACUGGGCGUACUACAUCAAGACGAGCACCCUGGUGUUCGUCAUGUUUGCUGUGUGCUUCGCGCCCAGCAACGUGAUCAGCUUCAUCCAUUACAUCAACCUGUAUACCAGCAGGGAGGAGCACUUCUACAUUUUCUACAAUGUGGCGGUGUGUCUGUGCAGCCUGCAUAGCUGUUUAGAUCCUUUCCUGCUUUCCCUCAUGUCUAGGUCCACUGGGUCAAAACGGAACUAUUUAACAUUUAAAGGAAAAACUCUCAGCAUUUCUAUUUAA